AUGCAACAAAACAGAGCUCAAGAAACUCCAGAAGCAAGUACUACCCGCCGUAUUUCCACGAGGAGAAGAAACAUGUACAGAAAAGCCAGAGCACAAGAGACCGCAGAAACACGUACCAACCGCCACAUUUCAAACAGGGAAAAAAUGCAAGAAAACAGAGCACAAGAAACUCCAGAAGCAAUUAGUGCUACUCACCAUCUUUCCACGAGGAUAAGAAACAGAGAAGCCAGAGCACAAGAGGCCGCAGAAACACGUACCAACCGCCACAUUUCAAACAGGGAAAAAAUGCAAGAAAACAGAGCACAAGAAACUCCAGAAGCAAGUACUACUAGCCGUAUUUCUAUGAGAAUAAGAAACAGAAUAGCCAGAGCACAAGAGACCGCAGAAACACGUACUAACCGCCGCAUUUCAAACAGGGAAAAAAUGCAAGAAAACAGAGCACAAGAAACUCCAGAAGCAAUUAGUGCUACUCACCAUCUUUCCACGAGGAUAAGAAACAAAGAAGCCAGAGCACAUGAGACCGCAGAAACACGUACUAACCGCCGCAUUUUAAACAGGAAAAAAAUGCAAGAAAACAGAGCACAAGAAACUCCAGAAGCAAGUGCUACUCGCCGUAUUUCCACGAGGAUAAGAAACAGAGAAGCCAGAGAACAAGAGACCGCAGAAACACGUGACUAA